CCCUCCUGGUUGCCGUGACACCCUGGGCUAUGGCCACCAGCAGUAGCGGCAGUAACAGCAGCAGCGGCGGUGACGGGAGAACGACGCCUCGAGCGGCCUGGGCGGCCUUCAGCGACGGUGGCCCCUCCUCCUCCUCCUCCUCCUCCUCCCCUGCUGAGGGGCGGCGCACAGGCGAGGGGAGCGUCCCGCAGUUGCCCGACCGAGCCCUGCCCACCUCAGACUCCUCUGCCUGGGCAGAAGAUACGCCUGCUCAGCCUCCUCAGUCCAGCUCCUGGGUCCAGUUCGAGGAGAAGCCGUGGUCCUCGUCCCCUCCCCCGCCCCCGUUGCAGGUAAAAGGCCCCAGGCACAGUGUCUGCUCCUCUGCCAGUUUCUGGAGCGUGGUGCCCCCCUCUGAAAGCAGCUGGACCACACAGUCAGAGGAGCAGAGUUCUCUGAGCAUGGGGGCCUCCUCCUGUGACCUGCCCUCCCUCAACGCAGAGAGCCCCUCACGGCCACACUCCUCCAGUUCAUCUGUCUUCCAGGAAGAUGAGGGAGUAGCCAUGGAUUCCUUCAACUGGACAUCCAACAACAAGCACACAAAUGGCCAAACGAACAGCAACAGCACCCGCUUUGCCAGCUGGGUCACCUUCGACGAUGACGAGGAGCCCGUGUUUCAGCCGCCGAACCGGCCGACCCAGAUGAACCUCGACAACCUGAACCGCUCGGCCCUCCAGGACUCCAACAGCAACCUGAUCGUGUCUCUCGACCAGAACCAGCGGCGAGCCGAGCGCCAUCUUCUGGACCUGACUCCGGACGGCACCAACCCGGCCUUCGUGCUGGACGGUCCGCUGAUCCACAGCCCGACGAGCUACGACAAGAAGAACCCGUUCUUCGCCGAGGAGUUCUCCAACCUCCAGCCCUCCACCAUCAACCCCUUCAGCUCCUUCUUCGACCAGCAGGAAGUGACACACUCGCAGAGCAAUGGCUCCUUCCUGGACAGCCCCGCGUCGCUCUCCUACAGCUCGCCGUUCUUCCAGUCCACCGACUCCGACCUGCAGGGCGAGUCCGUCCUGCUGUUCUCCUCCGUGGCCGAGCCCGAGCCCGGCGGCACGGACGAGGGUCAAGAAGGUCAAAAAGACUCGUCCAGAGACGGGCUGGACACUCUCCGGAACCUUCAGAUCUCCGACCCGGACGAGUGCGGCAGCCCCACGCUGCCCGACGACCCGGCCGAGGCUCCGGGCGACGAGGAGGAGGAGGAGGAGGCGACGUACACGCCGAGCCACAUGAUGGCGCAGGACGGCUGGCCCAUGCUGCUGCGCAUCCCCGAGAAGAAGAACAUCAUGUCGUCGCGCCACUGGGGCCCAAUUUUCGUGCGCCUCAGCGACUCGGGCAGCCUGCGGCUCUUCUACGAGAAGGGCCUGGAGAAGCCGUUCAAGACGUUCCAGCUGACCGCCGGCCACGAGCUGUCCGAGCACAAGCUGCAGAACUACGACGACGGCGGGCGCGUCCACACGCUCAGCGUCGACCACGUGGUGUACAAGGAGAAGCGCAAGAUCCAGCCCAAGGUGUCGGUCGUCCACCUGCCGUUCCGGGAGCAGCUGGUCAAGCUGGGGACCAAGAACUACGAGGACUUCCUGAGCUUCAGACACGCGCUGCAGGAGCGGCUGGUGGGACUGACCGCGGACGUGGGCCCCUCGAGCGCGCCCGUCAGCUACGCGGACGAGGAGGUGGCGGUGGAGGUCCGAGACGAGUUCUACGGGGUGGUGGCCAAAGGGGACUGCCGGAUACUGGAGCACCUGGUUCUGACCCGGGUCAGCAUGCUGGUCUUCGUGUCCGGCUCGCCGGCCUGCCGCCUGGGCCUCAACGACGUCCAGGUGAAGGGUAAAGAGGUCGUGUCCAGGCACGACAUCAUCCCCAACACCACCACGCGCUGGAUACGGCUGCGAGAGUGCCAGCUGCACCAGUCGGUGGACGAGCAGGACUUCGCCCAGACGCGCGCCGUGGCGUUCAGCCCUCCGGUCGGCCGGCGCUUCGAGCUGCUGCGCUUCCGCACGGCGUUCGCCGAGAAGACGCUGCCCUUCACGGUGCGGACGGUGGCCAGCGUGCGCGGCGCCGAGGUGGAGCUGCAGUCGUGGCUGGUGAUGUCCACGGGCUUCUCGUCCAACCGCGACCCGCUCACGCUCAUCCCGUGCGAGAACGUCAUGAUCCGCUACCCCAUCCCCGAGCUCUGGGCCAAGAACUUCCGCCGGGAGGGCGUCACGGGGGAGAAGUCCCUCAAGGCCCGCUUCAACAAAAGCGCCAGCUUCGGGUCCACCAGCUCGUCGGGCUCGGAACCGGCCAUGAGGGUGACCCUGGGGACGGCCAAGUACGAGCAGGCCUUCUCCGCGGUGGUGUGGAGGAUCAGUCGUCUGCCGGACAAAAACUCAGCACUGGGCCACCCUCACACGUUCUUCUGCCACCUGGAGCUGGGCUCCGACUGGGAGGUGCCGCAGCACUUCCACUGCCAGAUCGAGGUGGAGUUCGACAUGCCCGCCACUUGUGCCUCUAAGGCCACCGUACGCUCGCUCUCUGUCGAGGACAAGCCCGACAUCAAGAAGUGGAUCACCUACAGGUCACACUUCUCCUACAAGGUUGCCAUUGAGCAGAAGGGGGAGGGUCAGUCGGAGAGCCCCGCCCCCGAGGGUGACCGGCCUGGACAGUGUGCCCAUCAGUGAGGGCGCGAGGGACGACUCGUCGACGUCGUCACGCGUCCGCCCCGCACUCCUCACGGACUCGUUCGCAAGAUGCACUUUUGAAGACACAGGGAUGUGGCGUGACCCGGGACCGGGACGAACUGCUCCGAUACGAACUGGAGAUCCACACACAGGGCUAGGGCCCAGGGAGGGGGCAUGUACUGUAAGCAGGGACUGAGAGGUGAACCUGGCCUGCUCGAUCAACAACAUGGACGCUCAAGCUUGGACACCACUCUCCAGUAUCUGAGCAGCUCUGAAUGGUUAACACAGGUCUUUUCUUCCCUUAUGUCUUGUUUUGAGUUUUUUUUUCUUCUCUUUAUAUAACCCAAAUGAUUAGGUGAGUCUGUGGGUGAAUUCGUUGGUUAUGCAUGAGUCUGUUUGGGUCCCUCCCUGUCCAACAGGUUUGAACAUUGGAGUGAUGAAAUAGAGAGUUAGUCAGUAGAGAACUCUGUAUUUUGACCCGCAUUUUCAGCCCACUGUAAUGUAUUUAUAAGGUUGCCGUUUGGAGAACUCAAACAUUCAAGUAUCAAGUGUGGGUGAAAAAGUGCUCUUACUUUUAAAUUUGGGGACAGCUAGCAUGGAAACAGUGAUAAAUAUAUGUUACUGUAAAUAAGUAUGUUUUCUUUCAGUCUUAUUCGGUCUCUGGUGUUGGUUAUAUCUUCUUCAAAAACGACAUUACUUUUAAGCACCUUGUUUACCCAUAGUUUGCAUUCUGGGUAUUUAUUGCUAAAACAGUGCUACAGUAAUCCUGGUAAAGGAGUACAAAAUAGUUGGGUUUCACUUGAAUUUCAAUUUUGGGAAAGCCUUAAUAUUUUAGUGUACAUAAUUCUAAAUUUUAACUUCUUUUACAACAUUUUUUUUUGUGAUUUGUUUUUUUAAUUGAAAGAAAUCUGAAAACACUGAAAUGUCACUAACUGACAUGCCUAUUGAAUGAACACAUUUAGGUGGCUACAUACUUAUAAACAAGUGAAGCAAAAACAACAUUUACAAACAUUACAAAAAGGCUGCUCAAAUUUCUGUCAUCUCGUUGUUUUUGGAUAUAAUACACCUUGAAUUGACCAUGUUAGAGAGCCCCGAGUGAAAAGUGAUUUCGAGAACAUGAAAUGUAGGAUGGGUAAACCCUGCCUGAUCUGCCGGCGAUUUGGAUUUGGCCCCCGGCAGCUCAGGCUGGAAACCAGCACAUCUAUCUCUUCUGCUUCCUUGUCCACAUCUGCUGGGUCCAAUCACGAACUGGCUUAUCCACAAGGUGUAUCCAGAUCGUUAGUCUGAUUGGUUGAAGGACUAUCUAAGUGUACAGCGCCAUUUGAACUAUGCCCAACUAUACAGUAGAAAUAAAGCGCAGACUCCCCAGACUAAUGUUCAAUCUUUGAUCAAAGAUUGAGCUUAGUAUGGUGAUAGCCAGACCAUAUGAAAAGGGUAUUUCUGCUCGUACGCAGAUGAUGUUGCUACAUUUCCUGUUUCACGGGGCAUUUGUAAAACUACUGAAUGCUGUUUGUCCUAAUGAAUGUGCAUUUCUACUACUAACAGAAGAAACUGAGUUGCACUGGAUUUUCCAAGAAAAAAAAGUGUGCAAAAAGUGUCUGUACAUGUCUGACACAACCCUACCAUUUGUAUGUGUUUUUAGAUCUAAAAGUAAUUUAUGAAACAAAUGUUACCCUUGUAUGAAUGUCAUUGUCAUUGUGUCAUAAAAGCCUAUUUGUAGCCUAUAGGUAGAUUUUCUCUCCUGUCAAUGACGUGUACAUACAGAAAAUCAGAUUCCAGUAAACUAGCAUGAACUAACUGACUCAUGGUCCAUAAUUAUCAGAACCACAUGUUUUAAUAAUAAAUACAAUGUCUUUAGCCAAGCAUC